AUUUCUAUAAUUGGUUUUGGAUAUAAUGGUCAAGUUAUUCCAUUAUAGCUUUUUAUGCUUAGAGGGGAAAGUGACGUCAUCGGUUUCCCAGUGUUUUAACAGGAAUGUGGAUCUCAAUACUGUAACAGCAAGGGAAGUAACCGGCAGCCUUUGAGGAAAAACGUAACAAUAAUGUGCAAAGUGUCCAAAAGUUUGCGUCAUUCCGUGAUACUGGUAAACCAGGGGGAGAAAAUAAAUGGAAGGGAAAAUAUAAGAAUUGUUAUUCGAUAUACAAUGCCGAUCCCUUUCAUUUUUAUAAUGAUAAGGUACUUGCUAAUUAAAAUUCAGAAUUAACGGGAUUCCAUUAUAAAUGGCAGUGAAAAGAGAAAGCGUUUUCAUAUAUUCAAAAACGUAACCUCAGAAAUAUAACAAUGUAUUGGCAGAGUGUUGCGGCGUGGAUAUGGGCGUUUAAUUUCUAAUGUAUAUACAUGCACGCUGAACGUCAGGGGGAUGUCGUACAUUGUAAAAAUCAAAGUAAACACAUGACGUAUGAAGAGUAUAAUACGUGCAAAAUUUAAGAGGGCCGCAGUCACUUCACAGAGCGUAAAUCAAAUUACAUAAUUUAUUUAAAUAGAUGGCGUGGGGGGGUCCAGAACAGACCGGAUAUUGUACAGCCAAUGGCGCUUGCGCGACCGCCAGUUAGCUUAGCGCAGCCUCCUUCACUGAUUGGUUAAAAAUGACAUCAUAUAGAAUAGUACUAUUUUUAGCUCCGGGGACUGGCAUUACCUCAUCGUUUUCCUCACGCAGGUAUAGACAUACAAUAACAAACAAUAUUGCAAGCGCAGACGGACGGGGAAAGAGAAAGACGACGGAGGGGAGGACUUCGCGCAAACUAAAUCCAUUUUAAACACUGUAUUGUACUGUACACCUUUUAUUUUUCUUCCAGGAAUCUCAUUAUUCUUAUUUUAUUUUCCUCGUUCUUUAAAAGCUAGGCUUUUUUUACCGAAUCAUCAAAAAUUGAACAUGGUUUCAAAGCUGAACUAUUAGGUGUUUUAAUUUAAAUUGUGGCGUGGAGUGAAAAUCUUUGCGGAAUACGAGUCUUAGAAUAAAGAAGAAUAUGGUUUACUGCGGGGAACGAGAGAGCGAAAGCCCUCCUCUAUCUCUCAUCUUACCAUAUCUCUACCUGGGCGCUGAAGCUGACGUUACACAGGACUGCCUGACGUCUCAGGGUAUCAGCUACGUGCUGAGCGUGAGUCGCUGCUGCCCCCAGCCCGCCUUCUUGCCCCAGAAACAGUAUCUCCGCAUCCCGAUUGACGAUUCGCUCAGAGACGAGCUUUUGCCCUGGAUCCCGGAGGCUCUGCAGUUCAUUGAUGGUGCAAUGUCCCGUGGAUGCUCAGUGCUGGUUCAUUGUGCCGCUGGUGUGUCCCGCUCCCCUGCCCUGGCUGUUGCCUACGUCAUGUAUCGACUGGGCCUGGGGCUGGAUGAUGCGUACAGGUUUGUGAAGGAGCGCAGGCCCUCCAUCUCUCCAAAUUUCAACUUCCUGGGUCAGCUACAGUCCUUCCAAGGUACUCUGCUCCACAAGAACUGUGGAGCCAACCAAAAUGCUAAGCUCAUUGUGCCUGCUGGUGAAAGUGCACUAUCCACCAAUGGAAACACUGGACACAGUCUCACUGUGCCACUCCCAGUCAAUCAGGAUGCAUAUAUUAAGAACUUGAUUGAGGGUGACUUUUUCUCUGAAAUUAAAUCAUAUGCACGCUGUGAAGGUUCUCAGUACAUGAUGGGCAGUUUGAAGCAGGACAGAAUGUGUUCAGACCAUCCAGCCAACGGUGACAGCAGGCUGCUUCCAGCUGUGACUUCAGAACCAAGGCAGAAUCAACAAAAGUCACAGGAGCUCAGUGUGUCCAUCACCGAUAAACUCAGAACACUCACUUUAACGCCACACGAAGUGGAAGACCCUUAUGAAAUCUGUAACCAACACAGAAACGCCAAUUAUCAGCCAAGACGUCUGCCAAGGCCGGCACAACUACAGGUCUCGUCGGAAUAUUCAUCCCUUUCAGAGAAGCGUAAGAGCCUGACACUCUCCCUGUCCUCUUUGAGCAUGAAUUCACAGACUCCUCAAAGCACCAAACUGGAGAUGGAGACUGAGAAUAGCAAUCAGAGGCGUCAGGGAGACAUUUCCAAGACUUUGCAGAACGCGGAUUGGGGUCCGUUCACCAACACAACUAAGCAAAGCAGAAAGGCAGUCGUGAGUGGUUUGUGCGAAGGAGCGCAGAACAUCCUUCAUGUAAAGCAAACCCGCCAGAGUAAGGAAAAUAAGACCUCUCCUAGAGUUCAGACGAAGGUAGACGUGGGAAGAGGAAGCUGUGGUGCUACACACGGUGAGCGGAUUGAUGAAGUAAAAUCUAUGCUAGAAAAUUCAGGACUGAACACCGGGGAAUUCAAAGCUACGACUACAAUACCAAACCAGCGCAUUUCCACAGAUCGACAGCAGAUGUCGCCAGACAGCCACUGUGCCGCCGCCGUGGAGGCCGUUGAGGGAUUAGACGUGGACCACAUUCCCUUGUCGCCACUCGGCCUGACUGUAAGCAAGCUGCUGAGCUGGGGCGAAAGAAUGCUGCUCGGCACUUUGCUCGGUCCCAGGGUGAAGGUUGGACAGCCCGCGCUCCCUUACCGAUGUUAAGCGUUCCAAAGAAACAUAGAGGCCAUACAAGCAAGAAGGAGAAAAUUGUGAAAGACCUCCUUUGCAUGGGAUGAGUGUACCGCGCGUGCGUGUUUAACUGUUUGAAUUAUCCUGAUCUGUAGCCUGGACUGCAUGCACUCCCAUAUCUGUAUAUUCCUCUAUUCUUAUGUGUCAGUGAUUCUCUUUCUGUCAAUGUUCCACACACUGCGGCAAUGUGUAUGUGUUACUCACUACGGCAGACAUGCUAAUUCUGAAGGCGUACUUUCCCAACUAUGUAUAUUUAAAAUGCGGCGUGAUGACGUGGAUUGCUAUUUAUCGACUGACUUGUGAUUAUUUAUUUAUUGAUGUUAUUUAUACUACGAAUAUUUCGAGACUGGUAUUUUUGUCACUAUUGCUUGUAAGUAAAAAUUAAAUUAAAUAUUUUAGGCA